AUGUUGCCAGCGCCUCUUUCCGCGCGCCCCGCGCGGCCCCCUCCCGGGAGAGGCCGGCGACGCCAGCGCCGCGCAAACUUCCCCUUCCCCGGGGGCUGUCGCCCCGAGGCCGGCGGGCGGGGAGCCGUGCGCGCUUCCGGGCUCCACAGCACCCGGCCCGGCCCGGCCCGGCCUCCCCGCGGCCGCCCGCCGCGCCCUGCGUCACGGCGGCCCGGAGCCCCGCCGCCCCCGGCCCCGCACCCGCCGCCGCCCACAACGGGCUCCGCGCCGCGGGACCCCGGGCGGACCGAGGGGCCGGCGGGGCCGGGCGCCUGGGUUCGAGGCACGUGCCGGGGCAGGGCGCGGCGGGGGCACGGCCCACCCGGCCCGGCGCUGCCCCCCGCCCCGGGCACUGGCCUUCCCGCCGCAGCCCGAAAGGAACUCCGACGUCUGGCGCCCAACGUGGGGCACCUUUCCCCCACUGAGAACACUCCACAAGGCAUAAGAGGCCUGACUACAGCUACCAGGGGAGCAGGGGUCUUAUGUUUGUGAUUUCACCACUCCCUGGAUGCUUUUGCAUUCAGAGAGGCACCAUGGCACCAGAGCUUCCCCUGGUGCUGUGGCAUUCCUGUGCGCUGCCAGGUUUUGAACCU